AAUGGCGUCCACCUCCGGAUCGCGGGGACAGACCUCGCCUAUCCUACAUACAAGACUGGAUGAUGAUCAAAUGUUCGAAGAUCACUAUGAAAUUAAAUCAAAAAUCGGUAAAGGAACAUUUGGAGUUGUCUAUGAAGUCGUUCAUAAAAUCAAGAACAAAAAGGCAGCGUGUAAAAUUGUCAUGAGGGCCAUAGCCGGACAUGCUCACUUGACAUUAUUAGAGCGAGAAAUGGACAUCUUAAAGCUAGUUAAACACGAUCAUAUAAUCAAGUUACAUGAAAUCUUUGAAACUCCUAAGAAAAUGAUGCUAGUUAUGGAACUAUGCGCCGGCGAAUUAUCAAAAGUUCUUAAAGAGAGAAGACGUUUCGAAGAGCAAGAUGUUAAAACCGUCAUGUCGAGAUUAUGCGAUGCUAUUUCUUACCUGCAUAAAAUCGAUAUUAUGCACAGAGAUUUAAAAUUGGAAAAUGUUUUAACUGCUGCAAAUCCAGACGAUCCACAAGAUCAAUUAUACGUAAAAGUAACAGAUUUCGGAUUAUCCGUUAAAAAGGAAGGAGUCGGCCAAGAAAAUAUGAAAAUGGAUAAAUGCGGUACACCGAAUUAUAUGGCCCCUGAAAUUAUUGAUUCAAAAUGUUAUAGUGAAAAAUGCGAUGUUUGGGCGUUGGGGGUAAUGAUGUUUUACCUAAUAUCUGGUACACUACCUUUUCAAGCCUCGUCAGAGAGUAAAUUGCAUGAACUCAUUAAGGAAGCCGCAAUUUUAUUGCAAUUUGAAAAAGAUACAGUUUGGGCUGGUAUAAGUGAAGAAGCUAAGGAUUUACUAUUAAAAAUGUUAGAUAGAAAUCCAGCUCAUCGUGUUACCGCUCAGGAAGCUCUUAAUCAUAAAUGGUUAACGGGUAAGAAUCAACAAAAAAACGUUUUGGAGUUAAUGAGAGAAUAUUUAGCUGAAAGUACCAAAGGAGUUGAAACAGUUAAUGAAGACAAUGGUUCAGCAAAUAACCAUGGAUCGAGCUGUGCGUCGGCUCCCACUCAAAGAAAAAAGGAAAAACCAAGUUCAGCAUCUAAUGAUUCACAUAGGCCUAACAGUAGCGGCUCAGCAUCAGCCGGAAAUACUUCCUUCCGGAACGGACAAGAUAAACAGGAUAAGAAUUCAGAAUCAGAGAGAAAAGCUAAGAAAUUAGUCCAAAGUACUCCGAAUUUACUCACUGUACCACUUCAAAGACCUAGAAGACGAUCGGAUGAAUCAAUAUCAUCUGCAGCUGUUAAAAACAUGAAUCGUUCAUCAUCUAGCUCGUCGUUAAGCUCGAAAAGCUGGGAUUCGAUUACAAGUGAAACUUCAAGAACGAGAGUUCGACCCAAUAGUAAUAACCAACUCAACACAACUUCUACCAACAAUACUAACAAAUCAGCAAAAUACCAAUCAAAAUCUAGAAGGAAGUAG